CGUCAUCUGGAGGCGGAAGCGCAGCGGGGGCGGGAAGGUUGUAGAGCCGCACGUUGGGAUCGGCUUGCCGGUGUUUGAGUGGUCGCGCCCCCUUGGAGAACGCGAUCCGAACGCGAGGCUGUUCCGGGCGCUCUCGCGUCCCUGGUGAUUGUAAAGUGCUGACCAAUUGCCACUGAACAUAGUUGAAACAGAAAAUAGGAAGAUGGCAGCAAACCCUUCAGGACAAGGUUUUCAAAACAAAAAUAGAGUUGCAAUCUUGGCAGAACUGGACAAAGAGAAAAGAAAAUUACUAAUGCAGAAUCAAUCUUCAACAAAUCAUCCUGGCGCUAGCAUUGCACUUUCGAGACCCUCCCUUAAUAAGGACUUCCGGGACCAUGCUGAGCAGCAGCAUAUUGCAGCCCAACAGAAGGCAGCUUUGCAGCAUGCACAUGCGCAUUCGUCCGGAUACUUCAUAACUCAAGACUCUGCCUUUGGGAAUCUUAUUCUUCCUGUUUUACCUCGCCUUGACCCAGAGUGAAGAAAAUACUUGUAACGAAAGUGACUUUGUAAUAGCAGAUGCCAAAGCUACUAUCAUUUAGUGCUAUAUAAGCUGUGACUUUCAGAAUUUCGGUGAACUUUUAUAUUUGCUUUUUUAUAAGAAAGGCUUGUGUAAAGGAAAGCAAAAAAAGGAGGAUAACCAGGAUGAUGAGAGUUUUGAAAGCUGUAUUAUCUGAGGACUUGAUGAUGCGACCUGUGACUGUAACUUAUUUGUAAUGCAGUUUGGUUUUAAUGCUACAUCAUACUCUGAAUUGAUGGUAACAUAAUCUCAGCCCCCAGCCCCCAACUAGUUGGACUGAAUACAUCAUGUCCACAAUAGACUUUUAAGAACCAUUUAUAGUACUUAACUUUAAAUAACAAGGGUGCUUUUUAAAAAUGUAAACCAAAAGGCUUAAAUAAGUUACAUUCAUAUUGCUGUUUAUAGAAUUGGUAUCAGUGUAUUUUUUGAGUUUAUAGUCACUAUAUCAACCUGAAAUAUUCUCUAACUCCUAACUAGUUUGCCUAUUCUCAAUUUUCAAAGAAAACCCAAGGUAAGACUAAGUUCCCAACCAGUCUUAAUAUGCCACUAUAAAUUAUGUGACUAAAUGCUAUUAAAAACAAUUAUAAUAAAUGUGGUUUUAAAUUUUGUACAUGCUUUUAUUUAGUGUUACAACAUAAGUGGUGUGCCUGUGUCGUUUAUUGUUCAUUUUUGUUCCAAUUAAAAAUGUAUGCAAGUUGAGCCCCUUUUUAAUUACUUUAAGGAGGAAGGAGUUAGAUUAAGCAGUUUCUCAACAUGACACAUCUUUAACAGAAUCUGGGGUGCUUCUUUAAAUAUGCAGUCCUUACUACCUUACCUUAGUCCUACAGAAUUAGAAUCUAUAAUUCAAAAUAAAGUCUGAUAACCAUGGGUUAGAGAAUGCAGUUUUUAUGAUAUGUGUUUAUAAAUUCAUAGAUUUGUAGGUCCCUGAAACUUAGAGGUCAUUAAGCUAAAAUCUACAUUGAAACUUAGAGGUCAUUUAGCUAAAAUCUACAUGAUUUUACUUUUAAUAAGAUUGAAAUGAUACCUUAUACUAUAUCACAGAUAUAGUAUUUUAUAUAACUGCUUAUAAGUGAUCUCAUCUUGGCCUUGAGUCCUCAUCCUCUCCAGUGAUAGGAUUAAAUUUAACCUUAAAAUUCCAGUUUGGGUCAAUAUUUAUUCAAAUUCACCUCCCUUUUCAAAAACUUUCUUCUCGCUGCUUGCCCAAAUAUUUGCACCAAACACACAGCCCCAUCUUACUCGAAUUGAGGCAGGUGUGGACAAUUCUAGACUUGGCUGUGCCGUUUAAAUCUUUCUCUUGAGAUUUUGAACUGUUUUCUUCAGUUGGGUGAGUUGGCAGCUGUCCCCAUUGUAAUGGUCACCAUUAACAGCAAAGGUGUCCUUACUCCUGCUGCCGAGCAUCUCCCCAGGGGCCUCUGGCUCCUGUCCUGCCUCAGGUCUAUCCAGCUCAUCCGUGGGCCUCCUUCCAGUGGCCCGCAUUUUCUUGAAUGAAUUUGACUAAGUUUGCACUCUUUGUGAUCCAUAACCUAAAUCCAUGGUUCUAAAUCUAUCUACUUGAUGCCAGGGAGAUAGAAAAUAUGGAAUGUAGUUUUUACGCUAGUAAAGCCUCUACCUAAUGUGGGACUUUUAUAACCUAGGUUAAAGAGAUCUUUUUUCCAGUGGUGUCUUUUGUAGCCUCUUGGCCUUUUAAAUAGAUGUUGCCUAAAUCCUCCAGCCUGGCUAGUAAGAACAUCUACCCACCCCUCUCUUUUGACUCGCUUACAAAUUCAGUUCAACUCCUUAUGUAUUUAUUAAUACCCACUCUGUAAAACACUGUGCUUUAGGGUGGAAAGGUGAGUGAUAGCUGCUCUUAGGGAGGUGAAGUGGAGAGGAGCCUACUAGCAGUGAUGAUAAAGGAAGGCAGAGCGCAGUGAGUGGCAUGGCAGAGGCACCCUGGAGCACGGAGCAGUCUAGAAAGGCCUAGAAAUAUUGAUACGAUUUCACCUGGCAAGGAAGGGAGGAGCUGCUUCAGGCAGAGGUCGAGGUUUCAGAAUCAAGAGAAGGGGACGCUAAGACACUUGUGAGGACUGCUGAGGACAGCAGAAAGGGCAGCAGUGGACUCAGUCAGAAGCCCUGAGGUGAGGUUUCAGUGUUGCUCCCUCAGACUCGGGGUGAACUUGGCUAACUCGCCUAACUGCUCUUUACAUGUCAACUCCGUCCCCUCUGUAACAGGAACAGAACACUGCCUAAUUCGUCAAUUGUCUAGAUCAGUAUUUUUCAAAGUGCAGGUCUCAACCUGUUACUGAAUUGAGAAGCCCACUUAAUGGCUUAAUGGGGUGUGAGCAGCAUUUUUUUUUUUAAGUAAAAUAGAAAACAUCAGGAUGACAUAGCGUGUAGUAAUAAGGUUUUGUUUCAUGGAUUUUCUGUUUCUGUGUAUGUGUGUUUUACUUACUUUGUUUAUUGUAUGUUCCACCCGUAUGUGAGGUCUCGGAAGGCAGGGAUGUUUGUUUCCCUCCUUCCCUUCCUCUGUUUACUACUAUAUUCCGCUUAGAAUAGUAUUUGGCAUAUAACAGACGGUCAGUACCGACCUAUUGAAUGAAUGAACAAAUAUAGAUGACCUGGAUCAUGAUGUAAAGAGUAUUGUUUUUUUUACUGUGAGUCAUGGCAAUAAAGUUUUGAAAGCCACUGCUAAAUAAUACAGAUGAUAGUGCUUUGUACGAUUCUGGAAUAAAAACGGAAUUGACACAAUAA